GUUAAGCUGCGAUGCAUCUCCCUAUGGGGUGGGGGCUGUGCUCAGCCACAGGUUACCAAAUGGCACAGAAGCCCCUAUUGCAUACUACUCCCGAACCAUGUCAUCAACUGAAAGGAAUUAUAGCCAGCUUGAUAAGGAAGCCUUGGCUAUAGUCUCAGGAGUAAAGAAAUUCCAUGAGUAUGUAUUUGGUCGUGAUUUUGAAAUCAUCACGGACCAUAGACCUUUGCUAGGUCUGCUGGCAGGCGACCGCCCAACGCCCGUGGCACUUUCGCCAAGACUGACCCGAUGGACUAUCUUCCUGGCAGCGUAUUCUUACAAAUUACUACACCGGCCAGGAAAGGAAUUAGGGCAUGCAGACGCCCUGAGCAGAUGCCCGUUACCAGAGACUAUCGAAGACCCCACUCCGGGGAUACCAGUUCUGCUAAUUGACUCUUUGGACUCUGGCCCAGUCACAUCCAAAGAGGUGGCUCAGGCUUCGUAUAAGGACAUUACAAUAAGAACUGUAAUUGGUUGGGUACAAAGAGGUUGGCCCGCUGCGCCGGGCGAGCGUUUUAAAGAGUUUGUAAAAAAACGUGGGGAACUCUCGGCCCAAGGGGGGUGCCUGCUAUGGGGGGAUCGAGUGGUGAUCCCGGAGAAAUUGAGGAAAAAGGUAUUGGAUCUCCUUCACGAAGGUCACCCAGGGAUCGUGCGAAUGAAGGGUCUAGCAAGAAGCUAUGUGUGGUGGCCCUUAAUGGACUCAGAAAUUGCUGAAAGGGUAGGGAAAUGCCAGGCCUGCCAGGAGUCCAGACCGCUACCCCCAACGGCCCCGAUUCGGGAAUGGGAGAGACCCCAGGGCCCCUGGUCUAGGAUCCAUAUCGAUUUUGCCGGCCCCUUCCACGGCCAAACCUUUCUGGUAGUAGUCGAUGCCUACUCCAAAUGGCUGGAAAUCAUUCUCAUGAGAUCCAUGACAGCCGAGGCCGUGAUCUCAGUCCUACGGCACCUAUUUGUAACCCAUGGGUUGCCCGACACUUUAGUCUCCGAUAACGGCCCGCAAUUCAUGGCAACCCAGUUUGAGGGGUACUUGGCAGAGGAGGGCAUCCGGCAUGUCCUCUCGGCGCCUUUCCACCCUGCGACGAACGGCCUUGCAGAACGUUUCGUUCGGAGCGCAAAGGAAGCAUUGUCCAGAAUCAAGCCAGGCGAUUGGCAAACAAAAAUCGAUACAUUCCUAGCAGUCCAACACAGAACCCCCUGUGUCACAACUGGCCGCAGCCCGGCCGAACUAUUAAUGGGUCGGAAGCUUAGGUGCCCACUAGACCGUUUAAACCCAAACUACACACCAGACGGUUACAAAGGGGUACACGGUAAAACAAGAGAGAUGGCAACAGGCGACCUAGUGUGGGCACACAACUACAGCGAGGGCCCGACCUGGUUAGCAGGAACAAUCCUAGAAAUAACAGGACCAAAGUCAUAUCUAAUAGAGUUGGGGGAUGGCCGGGUAUGGAAGCGCCACAUAGACCAGAUAAGAAAACGCAUAACAGGUAAUACAGAAUCAGACGAAACAUGCCCUGACUAUUCAAUGUUGGAUCAGCAUGGCAAAUUAUUGUCUUUGAGAUAUGGCCGCAGAAUAUCAACAUUUUGGCUUACUGGGCGACUGGGCCCUGUCUGGCCAAUUCAGCUUGUUAUGGAUGUUUUCUUACAAGGGCAUUUUCAGCAGUUCACAGGUACUGGGGUGGAAGUGGAGUUUUAUAAGUUUGACUUUGCCAACAUGAUCCUGAAGGAUUAUUGGGCUGCAAAACUGGAAGUGGGGUUCAGAUAUGGCCCAUGGAAUGGUGUUUGUUCCAAACCAUGUGAUCUUCAGAGUGUGACAACGGCUUCGAUAUAA